AUGGAAACAGUUAAUAAAAUCAAUAAUAUUUGUGUAUUUUGUGGAAGUAGAAAAGGAAAUGAUGAAGUAUAUAUUCAAGUAACAGAAGUAUUAGCUAAAGAAAUGGCAAAAAGAAAUUAUGGAUUAAUUUAUGGUGGUGGUAAUAUUGGUAUUAUGGGAGCAGUUUCACAAGGUGUUCAAAAUGCCGGUGGAAGAGUUAAAGGUAUCAUUCCAAGAUCAUUAUCACCAAAAGAAAUUUCAGGUGUAACUGUUGGUGAAGUUGUAUUUGUUGAUGAUAUGCACACCAGAAAAGAAAUUAUGUAUAAUUCAUCCGAAGCUUUUAUUGCAUUACCAGGUGGUAUGGGUACUUUUGAGGAAUUAUUUGAAUGCAUUACAUGGAAUCAAUUAGGUAUUCACUCAAAACCAGUUGGUAUUUUAAAUAUAAAUGGUUAUUAUGAUCCAUUAGUAGCAUUAUUAAAAACAAGUGUUGGUAGUGGUUUUGUUGAUAGUGAUUUUGCAAAAUCAAUUAUUGUUAGUUCCGAUCCAAUUGAAUUAUUAAAUAAAUUAGAAUCAACUCCGUCAUAUAAAAGUCAAUUAAAAUGGUUAACAUCUUCACAAGCAUAA